AUUGUUAAUGUUACUGUUAUUCCUUCAGAGAAACAGGAAAGAUGGGAGAGAAGAGAGUAGUACCAGGACCUCUUAAAAAGGCACUAGAAUGGGACGUGAAAAUGACGGACAAGGCAGUGAAGAUGUUCGACCAGAAAUAUGGGCCACUGAGCAAGUACAAUACUAUCUUCAAAGGACUUGAGAUAUCCUGCCACGGUAUCCCUUGGUUAAUAGUAACUGCCACAUUCAUUUUCCUUCUCGAUCGUUCUGCAUUUCGCAAUCUCAUGGUCAACAUUUUCCUUGUUCUCAUCUUCGAUAUCAUUGUCGUGGCUGUGAUCAAGGCCAUUGCCCGACGGCGACGGCCAGUGAGAAACCAAAACGAUGAGAUGAUUGGUUCAUUUUCAGUGGACAAAUUCUCUUUCCCAUCGGGCCAUUGUACAAGAGCAGUCAUGCUGAGUCUUCUCUUGCCUUUGAAGUACGACCUGUUCUUCUGGUUCUCUCCUGUCCUGGCGGGAUGGGGAGCGGCGGUAUCCAUCUCUCGCGUCCUGCUCCACCGACACCACAUCCUGGAUGUCGUUGGAGGAACCGUCAUAGGUAUCCUGCAAGCCGUUCUCUACAGCUUGACAUGGCUCUCUGACGAGUCUGCGCAGGGCCUCGUCAACUUCUUCCUCGAUGAGACCCAAGUCGGAGCAAGUUACGAUGUAUAGGGGACUAUUAUGUACCUUGGUUGACUUGCAUAUAAGCGUAUAUAUUCAGGGAUUUUAUGACAGUGGUUUUCUUUGAUUUACAGUGUGAUGUGUAUUGUAAUAUAUCUGUUUAUGAAGUGUUUCUACUAAAUUGUUUUUUUGUGUAAAUACUUAGAACAGAUGUUUUGGCUUUACAUAACUGAAUACUCUUUAGAUUUGUCACUUUGCAAUGAUAUAUGUAAAACCAAAGUAGGGAUGCUAUAGGAUAUUAGUCAUGAAAUAGGAUUUUCCUAAAUAUAACAAAGUGGGUGCCCAUAUACUUCACUCAUAGUUCAUGAAUGCAUCAUGACAAUAUGUGAUAAUGGAAAUGUUCAUAAUAAUAACAUUGUUUAUAAAAAAUAUUUUAAUGUUUUCAUGCAUUUUAAUGAUAGUAAACAUGCAGCAAA